GCACAUCACUAGUGUUAAAUAACAAGCCAAAGCCACUUGCUGGGAAUUUACGCUGAGUUUUAUUUCGAGUAGAAAAUUAAGACUGAAAUGAAUUAUUAAGGCUGUCCAAAUGUUGAUGGUAACAUGAGAAAAUGAUAACAUUUGGCGCUGCAAGCAGUUCCACGGCGCUGGAGGACACUGGUGAAGUACGAAGUAUAUGCGAGAGUGUGUGCAGUGAUGGGUCUAACGCGACGGUGCAGGCUGGGGGCGCUAAUGCGAGACCCCGGAUGGAUAUUGCGUGUGUUGUGGAUAUUACACAAAGCACCAACCUAGGGCACAGAAAGCGAGCUUUGGAAGAAGUCAGGUUAGCUGCUGAUCUUGUGAAUGGGAACCUACACCACAUACAUUUUGAAAAACUUGACUUCGGAGAAACAAGUGUCCUGGACACAUUCUACAAUGCGGACGUGGCGCUUGUGGACCUCAGCAUCCAGGUGCAGCAGAGUUCCCUGCUGUACCACCUGGGGGUUCGCGAGAGCUUUGACAUGAAGGAGAAUGUGCUGCUGUAUAAUGAUGUAGACCCGGAUUCGACACUUCGGCUUAAGGCCUCGCUACCUAACUUCCUGUUCGUGUCAUACAAGUUGACCGACGCGGGCACCUGCGUGACGACCAACCCGGCCGCCACCAAGUUCAAGGGAGAGGAGGCUGCCGACCCCAAGCAACAUCUGACCCUGCGGCUGAGGAACAUACUGCAGGAUGUCGAAGUACAGACCAAAGCUCACCUCCAAGAGAAAUUCCUCUCAGACCUUCGCAAAGCUCGAGAGCUAUACAGCGGCGCCGAGCUAGCCAACGUGCUUCACGCCAUGCGGCGGCGGCUCGACGACCCGGCUGUACUCUCUGGUGAUACCGUACUCAACAUGCUCAUAUCGUAUAGAGAAACGCAGGACUACGACGCAAUAGUGCAGGUCGUGGAUGACCUAAAAACCGUCAUGAACAGGAAGAACUAUGUCAACAUGCCGGUUAUACGGUUCUUGUACGCGUUCGCUAUGAAUCGGUGAGUUUUAGUCGGUAAUUUGA